GGAAACAAUGCAAAGUGUCCAGCAGGACAUAAUAGCAAAGACGAUUAACCAAAUGAGGAAAUGGGGAUGCCAAUUUGAUGGCAAAGACCCCAUCUCAUUUUUAGAAAGAAUCGAGGAGUUACAAAGUAGCUACAGCUACACAGAUGAACAAAUGUUGCAAGGGCUGCCGGAACUAUUGAGAGGAGGAACGCUCCACUGGUACCGGAAUAACAGAAGUACAUGGAGAGAAUGGAAAGAAUUUAUAAGAGCAUUCAGGGAGCAUUUCUUUCCAUACCGCUUUGAAUUCCAAAUGAAACAAGAAAUUCAAAGAAGAAAGCAAGAACCGAAUGAAAUUUUUCGGCAAUACGCCACUGAUCUAGCCACAUUAAUGAGGCGAGCAGGAGGAUUCUCACGCCGUGAUCAUAUUGAUCAGAUUUACGAGAACAUGUCGCCGGAUUUAAAAAUGCAUAUCCGAAGAGAAAACGUACAUACGCUUAGGGAACUGGAAGCAAGGGCGGCCGAAAUAGAAGAUAUUGAACGGCAGCGAAUAGCGUUUCGCAGAGAUACAAAAUCGACACCUCGAAUGCCGAUGGCAGCCGCACUAUACAAGGCAUCAGAGUGUUGCUGGCGGUGCAAGCAGAGAGGUCAUACGAGAAGGUUGUGCCGUAAUGAACAGAAAAAAUUCUGUUCACAAUGCGGUAAGGACGGCGUGCUGACCAGAAAUUGCCAUCCAAGACCGGGAAACUAAGACCGGAC